AUGAGUAGAGCCGACUCAUGCUCUCACCCCUUCCCCGACUGCGGUCUUCGACUGAUGGAAUUGGAGGCCGGUCUUCAGCGUAUCCGGGAGAUUUCUCGUCUCAUCCAUCUUAUCGGUCUGGUAACCCUCCGAGUCUUUUCUCCCCUCUCGGACGUUUGUUCGUCGUCCAGCUCUCAUUCCCGGUCACUUCCGGCCUUGCACGCCUCCCGCUCAGCUUCCGAUCCUCCUGCUGCUCUCCGAGGCCUGCUCGACUCGGCGAACCUAGAGCCGGAGGGUCUGAGUCCCAACAAGCCGGAGGGAGUGCUUCACCAGCCUCGACGACUUCGGCGACACCGAUCAGACCGCCGUGUUCAGGGCCUGGUCCUCGGACUGGCCAACGUGGAGUUCCGUCUGAAGAGUGCGACCGAGACGGAGGGCCGAGAGGAAGGUCAAAAAGCAGGAGGGUCUGAGCUCGAUUCUCGUCCUACCGAUUCGCCAUGGAGUCACGUGGAGCGGCGAGGGCGGCCGUCUUGCUCGAGCCCGCCUCUCGGCAUUCCUUUGUCAACGGAGAGCGAAGAGUCUCAAUCACUCGCCUAUUUGGCCAGCAGAGCGACCCAGCUCACACGAGCCUAUGAAACCUCUUCACUCGGCCGACAGGUCGUGGCCGACUGGCAGCAUCUUCAGCUGCUCGCUGACAGACUUGGUCGAGUCUAUGCUGGGUUAGUCAAAAGGUUUUCGAGGGCCUGUGGGCAAGGCAGGCAAAAUCUUAUUUCAUAUGAAAUGUCUUCACCCUACUUCUUCUAA